GCUGAGCCCGGCGGGCAGCGCGCUGAGCGGCGUGUGCUGGCACCGCGCCACCUCGCUGUCGCGGGACCACCUGCACCUCGCCAUGCGGAGCCAGCUGUCGGGCUACCUGCUGCGCAAGUUCAAGAACUCCCACGGGUGGCAGAAGCUGUGGGUGGUGUUCGCGGUGUACACGCUGUUCUUCUACAAGAGCUGGCAGGACGACACGCCGCUCGCCUCGCUGCCGCUGCUCGGGUACAGCGUUAACGCUCCGGAGCCGAGCGACGGCAUCGAGAAGGACUUCGUGUUCAAGUUGCAGUACAAGAGUCACGUGUACUUCUUCAGAGCUGACAGCCUCUUCACAUACAACAGAUGGACGGAAGUUCUGCAGACACCAAUGUUGCAAUCUCAUCACAACUGAUUAGAUAAAUGAAUUAUAAUUAAUAAAUUUGUAGUAUAAAAUUUUUUGGAGCCAAAUAAAUCUAUAAAACACAAUUGACGUGGUCAAAUUAGAAGAUUUAGAAUUCAGAGCGUGGAAAAGACAUAUUUUACAAAUUUGGUGCCAUAUAUGAGUUUUGUCAAACAAAACUUUCAAAUGUCUUGCUUUGCAAUUUCUCAAAAUUUUUGAAUCUUAUCGUAUAUGUUUCGGACAGAUUUUUUGUCUUCAAAUGUUCAAGAACGGCUGUUUUUAAAUAGUACAAAUAAAACAUUCCAGAAAGUAUUGUCUACAACUAAUUGGCUUCUUGUAACUUCUAAGUGGCAACUAAUAAUAAGUAUCGCUUCGAAACCCGUCUUGUUUUAGUUAUUUAAUGCGAAUUGAAUUAUUAAAAGCAGUGGUCGCGCAGUGGUGAGAACCUCGGACUUCAAAAUCGAUAAGUCGGGGUUCGAGACCGGGGCGAGCGUGCAGGAAAUUGUUGUCG